UUUUCAGGUUUAACGCAUCCUCUAUUCCACUAUUUGCAACAAUACAAAAUCUGAAACCCUAAAUUCUAAACCUCCUAAAAAGAGCAGUUUAAAAGAUUCCUGCAAAGAUGGCGAAUCCGAGGAAUUAUGGGAAGAGGCCCUUUCGAGCCGGUGAAUCGGAGGAAAAAAACGGAGCCGAUGAUGAUGAGAACAUAUUUCCUUUCUUCUCGGCCCGAUCCCAAUACGACAUGCGUGCCAUGGUCUCAGCCUUGACUCAAGUCAUUGGAAACCAAAGCAGCACUCAGGAUAAUAACCAACAUCACCCUGUUGUGUAUAAUCAACAGGAUCCUAUCCAACCGGUUCCUCCUACUCAAGAUCAAGGAAACUUGAGGAAGAGACACUAUAGAGGGGUAAGGCAACGACCAUGGGGAAAGUGGGCAGCGGAAAUUCGGGAUCCACAAAAGGCAGCACGCGUGUGGCUCGGGACAUUUGAGACCGCUGAAGCUGCGGCUUUAGCUUAUGAUGAAGCAGCUCUUAAGUUCAAAGGAAGCAAAGCUAAACUAAAUUUCCCUGAGAGGGCUCAACUUGCAAGUAACACUAGUACUAUUACCGGUCUUCCAAACUAUUACUCUUCUAAUAAUCAAAUUUACUACUCAACUCCGCAGACCAAUCCGCAAACUAUACCGUAUAGUAACCAAUAUCACUAUAACCAGUAUUAUCAUCAAGGAGGAAAUGUUAACGAUGCACUAAGCUAUAAUUUGGCCGGUGUGGGAACGGUAGGCUCAAUGUAUAAUCAUCAGACGUUAUCUACUACAACUUCUUCAUCUUCUGGUGGAUCUUCAAGGCAAGAACAAGAUUACGCCAGGUUUUUGCAUUUUGGAGAUUCUUCAUCUCCUAAUUCAGGUUUUUGAGAUCAUCAUAAAAGUAAUAAGGGACUUUGUGUCGCUUGUUAUAAUGAGAUUAUAUGUUUCUUGUGUGUUUUGUAUUUUCAUUAUGCGUGUGUUAUUUGUGGUCCCUUUUUCAAUUUUUUUCUUUCAAGAGUUUUCAUGGGGGUCAUUGUUCACAACCCUUGGAUUUGGAUUUAUUUAAGGUUU